AUGCCUGCCACCAAACGAGCCCUCGGACGAACCACCGACCAUCCCUCGACCACAUCAUCACCAUCCCCCGCCAUGACGUCGGCCACGCGGCGCACCUCGCCCUUCCUACCGACGCCCGUCGAGCGGCUCGCCCUCGGUCUGUUCCCGGCGCUCCUCGUCUUCGGCUCGCUCUUCGCGCUGCUCUCGCCCGACACGCGCGCCAUGACCUACGACGCGGCCUCGCAGUCGCACCGCGCCGCCGACGGCUCCGCCGCGCCCAGCUACUUCGCGCGCAAGUCCAACCUCUUCAACGUCUACUUCGUCAAGCGCGGCUGGGCCUGGACGAGCCGCCCGCCGCUCAUCGACCGCGGCUUCCGGUGGACCGGCGGGCAGUGCGAGCUGGCGGAGCGGGAGCUCGCCGCGGCGGGCAGCGGCGGCAGCACGGUGGAGGCGGUGUUCACGGCGGUCGCGUGCAAGGCUUCGGGGGGCAGCUGGCGCGGCGGGCACGACAUCUCGGGACACGUCUUCCUGCUGACGCUCGGGUCGGCGAUGCUCAUGCACGAGGUGCUGUGGCCGCUCGCGCGCUGGGCCGGCUGGCUCGCCGAGGAGCGGUGCGUCGUUAUGAACGACGGCGCGGUCAAGGGCGCCGGCGUCGAGGCGGAGGCGGGGACGGCGCGCGCCGCUGCGGGCAACCCGCUACUCGGCUACGCAGGCAAGUUCGCGCUGGGCGUCUUGGUGCUGAACUUGUGGAUGCUGCUGAUGACGGCCAUUUAUUUCCACACGUGGUUCGAAAAGUUGACUGGACUAUUGACAGCGUACGUCGCGAUUUAUGCCGUUUACUAUGUCCCGAGGUUUCUGCCGGCGCUGCGGCAAGUAAUUGGAGUUCCUGGCAUUUAG